AUGCCUUCCUCCACCAUAGACCAGAGUCAAUUCGACUCCAUCCCCGACUCCAUUGAGGCCUUCCGUAUAGGCGAGUUCCUCGUCGUGCUCGACGACCCGUCCCGCGAAAACGAGGCCGACCUCAUCAUCGCCGCCGACGCCAUCACCACCGAGCAAAUGGCCUGGAUGGUGCGGCACUCGUCAGGCCUCAUCUGCGCGCCCAUUACCCACGCCCGCGCGGCCGCCCUUGACCUGCCGCCCAUGGUCCAGCACAGCCAGGAUCCCCGCGGCACCGCCUACACAAUCUCCGUCGAUGCCGCCGACCCCUCCGUCACCACCGGCAUCAGCGCCCACGACCGCGCCCUCGUGUGCCGUGUUCUCGCCGAUCCCGCCUCAACCGCCGCCAGUCUGCGUCGUCCCGGCCACGUCUUGCCUCUGCGCGCUGCCCCUGGCGGAAUCCGCGCCCGCAACGGCCACACCGAGGCCGCCACCGAGUUCUGCCGCCUUGCCGGCAAGGCUGAGGCCGGUGUCAUCUGUGAGAUUGUCGACGAUGGAGAGGAGGUUCCCGGCCAGGCUGUGCGGAAUGAACCUGGCAUGCUGCGCGGCGAGGCUUGUAUCGCCUUUGCCCGGAAAUGGGGCCUCAAGGUCUGCACCAUUGCUGACCUGGUAGCCUACGUCGAGAAGACGGAGGGCAAGCUCCCGGUCAACGGAUCAAAUUGA